GGGCGGGGCCGGAAACGCAAUUGGCCAACCGCCAGCGUUUAUCUGUGUCCAGGCCACAGAGUCUGAAGCUGCAAAAAUGUCGCGUUUGCAUUCACAGCAAUAUCUUUUAUUAACUCCGUAGCUACAUUCUCACCCGAAAAACAUCCCAAUAGCGGCGGCUGCUGUUGGUAGCUGCAACAUUAAGUGAAACCACUCUAAUGUGAUGGCUGACGGACUGGGAGGAAUGGCUGAAGAAAUCAUGGCGUCUGAUUAGGCUGGCUGUGUGUUUGAGGUUCACAGUGUAGAAAUAAUGUACAGCAACAGGGAGCUGGUCGAGUUCUUUAUCAGCAACAGGCUGGCUCAGAGGAACUACCGAACCCAUCUGCUGAGGCCGCAAGGUGCUGCUGGAAGGACCGAAGACGACAAGGCCACCUCGGAGGCCAGCAAUGGUUUGCUGGUCAACAGCAGGGGUGUACAGCCCAGGACAUCUUGUCCUCCAGGGGCUGGAGUAGAGGCUGUAAAAUCAGCUCUUCGGGACUCUGCAAAUGAGUUUGAACUUCUCUUCACACAAGCUUUUAGUGACCUCUCCUCACAGCUUGACAUCACACCUGACACAGCCUACCACAGCUUUAAGAGCGUGAUGGACGAGGUGUUCAAGAAUGGAGUCAACUGGGGUCGUGUAGUGGGCCUGUUCGUCUUUGGCGGCGUACUUUGUGUUGAGUGCAUUGAGAAGGAUAUGAGCGAGCUUGUUCCCCGCAUCGCAGACUGGAUGACCAUGUACCUAGAUGAAAACAUCAGUGACUGGAUUGAAAGCCAAGGAGGAUGGGACUGCUUUGCUGAGCUUUUUGGGCAAGAUGCCAUGGCAGAAGCGAGGAGAUCUCGAGAGACCGUGAGGAGAUGGCUGCUAGUUGGAGUGGCGCUGCUAACAGGAGUGCUGGCUGGUGUGUUCAUCGCUAAGAAGCUGUGAAGUAUUUUUGGCGGUUAGACGAAGAUCCGAAGCGGCAUCAUGAGUCCCAGACAAAGGAAGGAGAAAGGGACAGGAGACAAGACGCUGGUCGUGUGGGUGCAGAGAUAGCAGAUGGCUGAUUAAGACCUCGGAUAAAGACCCCCCGGGACAACCCGGAUACAGUAGAGAUUGAAGAGGAGGAGGAAGGUUGCACGAUAAACUGAAAGCAGAGUGACAGAUUUACAGUGAACAUAGACUUGGGACUGAUUGGCUCAAAGCAGAUCAUUGGACAACAACAAGUUGAUAUUGAGAAAGAAGUGAUUUUGACAGCUCGUGGUCGAGCAGACGAGACUAGAGCAGCAGGAAUCGUCAAUAUUCACUGUACAAAAAUAUAGAUCGAAUGAAAAGAUCUUCCCUAAGCUCUAAUCCAGUUUUUGAAGAGACUCUCUCUCCAGACUGGAUGUGCUUUAAAUGAACCCGAUAAGCUAAAAAAGACCGAAAAACAGAUCGCAGCUGGUUUGGUGAGACUGCUUAUUUUUUAUUUUUUACUUUGUGUAUUAAGGACCAAUUUUUAUGACUUACAAACUGACAGCUGACAGAAUAUAUAAGUUAUAUUUCCUUUUCACUGUGUAAUGCUCAGCUCCUUGUGUUGGCUGUGCUGGAGUUUAAGGCAUGCUUAAAAAAAAUAAAUAUAUUUAUGUUUU